AUGGCUAAGGAAAAUCAAACCGAGCAAGUGACAGAGCUGACUCUUGUGGGACUGACAGACAACCCGCAACUACAAGUGCCUUUGUUUGUCCUGUUCCUCCUCAUUUACUUCAUCACGCUGACAGGGAACCUGGGCAUGGUUGUGCUCAUCAGGAGCAGCGCUCAACUGCAGUCCCCCAUGUACUUUUUCCUUAGCAGCUUAUCUCUCCUUGAUGCUUGCUACUCCUCGGUGGUGGCACCGAGGACAUUAAUGGACCUUCUGAUGGAGAAAAAAACAAUCUCUGUUGCCAGCUGCGCCACCCAGCUUUACUUCUUCAUAGCUUUUGGCACCACUGAGUGCUUCCUCCUGACUGCGAUGGCGUAUGACCGCUACAUGGCCAUUUGCAAGCCCUUGCUGUACUUGUCCAUCAUGUCCCACCGGGUCUGCAUGCUGCUGGUAGCCAUUUCGUAUGUGCUUGGCCUGCUGCACUCUUGGGUGCACACAAAGUUCACCUUCAGCCUGCCUUUAUGCCAGCCAGCCAAGGUGAACCACUUCUACUGUGAAAUCACGCCUGUUCUAGCCCUCUCCUGCUCUGAUACACGUGUCAAUAGGUCGAUGGCUUGGGAAAACUGGACUACAGUGACAGAGUUUGUUUUCAAGGGGUUCACGGAUAGCCUCGACCUCCAGUUUACUCUCUUUGUGUUUUUCCUGCUCAUCUAUGUCACCACCGUGGUGGGAAACCUAGGCGUCAUUGCUGCAGUCUGGCUCAAUUCCCAGCUUCAAACCCCCAUGUACUUCUUCCUCGGCCACUUGUCCUUCUUGGAUCUGUGCUGCUCCUCUGUGGUGACACCCAAAAUGCUGCUGAACUUCUUGUCUGAAAGGAAGACUAUUUCUUUUGCUGGCUGCUUCCUACAGCUCUAUUUCUAUGCUGCUUUUGUAAUCACAGAGUGUUACCUCCUGGCUGUGAUGGCGUACGACCGCUACGUUGCGAUAUGCAACCCCUUGCGCUACCCCAUCCUCAUGUCCAAGAAGGUCUGUGUUUCUCUCUUAGCAGGGUCCUAUGCAAUUGGGCUUUUUAAUUCAGUGGUCUUCAUAGGCUUUGCAUUGAGGGUGUCCUUCUGCGGUCCCAAUGUCAUUGACCACUUCUUCUGUGAUGGGCCACCACUCUCAAAACUGGCUUGCUCUGAUACUUCCCUCAACCAAAUGUUGUUACUUGCUUUUGGGGGUUUCAACGAGAUAACCACCAUAUCAGUCAUCCUCAUCUCCUAUGGCCACAUCCUCUUCACCAUACUGAGGACGGGCUCUACGCCAAGCAAGCGUAAAGCUUUUGGUACAUGUGCAUCCCACCUAGUGGUUGUUACGAUCUUCUAUGGGACCCUUAUCUUCAUGUACCUGCGGCCCAACUCCAGCUACAACCUGGGCAGGGACAAAAUAGUUUCUAUCUUUUACACUGUGGUGACCCCAAUGUUGAACCCUUUCAUCUACAGCCUGAGGAACAAGGAGGUGAAGAGUGCUCUGAAGAGAGCAGUGGGGAGAAUGAUUAUUUCCCUGCUAAAGUGGUAA